AUGGAUGAAGACUCGCUUAAAAAUAACGACAAUGAUGCUGAUGUCGACGACAGUCCACGGAAGAAGAUAAAAACAGAAGACCAGCAGCAACCUUCGACAUCGUCCGCCUGUGGUGCUUCAACUUCAUCCGGCAACACUGCAUCCACUUCCGCAGUACCGAUCGAAAACAGUCCCCCAGAAAGUGCAAAUGACCGGCCAAAUGAGUCCGAUGAUGAUCCACCGCAGCAACCGGUUGAUGUGGAAGAUGAUAUACUGCUGGAGGCUGCCAAUUCACCAAGACCACGAUCGCGCAGUGAUUCGGGAGAGCAAAGCGACGACGAAAGCGAAGAAAGCCGGGCGGACGAUGCCUUUAUACAGAAUCUUGAGCGAUCGGUUGAACGAUUGCGCCGUAAUGUGCGCCGUUUGACUAACCGGCACGAUCGGGCACGGAACGGGGCGGACGAAAACGCACCGGAAAAUGAACUGGUUGAGGAAGAAGCUCCCGUAAUCGAUCCGAUUGAUUCUUUGCGGUCUAAUCGCAUAAGGAACCGGAUUGUGAAUGAUAUAGCGCAGCUGUUUGUUCCGAACGUGUUUCGUGGAUACGAGAGCAACGAGGACAGCGUUGAUGGGGCGCAGGUUGAUGAAGAGUUUCAGGCGGUGGUUAGUGACGAGGAGGAAACAAAUAGAGAGUUUGCGUUCGAUGCAGAUCAUUCGCAGAGUGAUUCCGAUUCCAGCACUUCUUCCUCAUCUACCUUAACGUCCUCCUCGGAGAGUUCCAUUUCCUACGGGCACUCGAGCGGUUCCGAGUUCGACUAUGUACACUUGCCGUUUCGCGAUGAGCCAAAUGUGGACUUUCAGGAAAUUUCCUCUGUAAAAUGCCAAUGGAACAUAGUACGCGAAAUGUAUCAGCGUCAGCAUGGUGUACGCUUCCAUAAAACGCCCACCACGGUUGGUAAAUACGAUCCGAGCCAAUUCCAAAAACGUGCCUACGGUUCGGUAAAUUUGGUGAAACGAUUGGGACUGCUCCACAAGCUGCAACAUCAUCGGGGUUGCGUGAAUUGCUUAAACUUUCACCCUUCGGGCAAACUGUUGGCCAGCGGUUCGGAUGAUCUGCGCAUCAACCUGUGGAACUGGGAAUCGAAGAAGCUGGUUAAGUCGCUUCGCAGCGGCCACAAAAGCAACGUCUUCCAGACCAAGUUUAUGGUCUGCGAAGAGUAUCGGGAUAGCGAGCUCGAGAUCAUAUCGACCGGGCGUGAUGGAGCGGUGCGCCACAUGAUCGUUGACCCGUCGGGUCAUCCCACCACGAAGCAGAUCUUUCGAUCGUCGCAGGCGGUCCACAAGGUGGCGAUACCGGCCCGACACGAUCGCAUAUUCCUAACGGCCGGUGAGGAUGAAACGGUACGGCUGUGCGAUUUGCGCCAGGCCAAGGUCCAGACAUUGGUCAAUGUCCACAAACAGUUGUACAGUAUUGCGACGCAUCCGUUCGAUUCGGAGUUUUGCGUUGCCGGUUACGGCAGCGCGGUUCGCGUGUACGAUCUACGUCGUGCACAACAUCCGAAAAAGGUGUUGGUCGUAGGAGGGCCACCGGAUAUAAGAAUGAGGCCGAGCAUCACAUGCGCUGUAUACAACCAUGAUGGGACGGAAAUACUUGCCAGCUAUAGUGAAGGCGAUAUUCACCUUUUUAAACUGGAUCCACCAGACCUACAAAUGGGCACCACCAUACAGUUCCGGGGCCACAGCAACAUAAAAACGAUUAAGGGCGUAAAUUUCUUUGGACCUCAUUCGGAGUACGUCGCGUCCGGUAGCGACUGUGGGUCCAUCUACAUAUGGGAAAAGAGCAGCCAAACCAUUGUCAACUGGUUGCGAUGCAACACGAGCGAGGUUGUGAAUUGUCUCGAAUCGCACCCAGAAUUUCCGAUACUGGCCAGUUCCGGUGUAGAUUAUGACAUCAAAAUUUGGGUUCCUAAGGGGCUGAACGAUGAGCAGACGGCAGCACUAUUCGACUGCAACGAUCUGAAACGUUACGUGCGACGCAACCUUACCCUGGGGAACAGUUUUCGGAGCAACUUCCGAUCGUCACACCUUACGCACUUUUUUCCGACGCCGUCUCGCCGUCGUUCCGACGAAGCGGUACUGGGCGAUCGGGCUGGGCGUUCCCGGUUGGAUUGCAGUCCGUCAUAA